AUGGUCGCAGCAGCUGAGUAUCCGCAAGCAAUGGUCGCAGCAGCUGAGUAUCCGCAAGCAAUGGUCGCAGCAGCUGAGUAUCCGCAAGCAAUGGUCGCAGCAGCUGAGUAUCCGCAAGCAAUGGUCGCCCGCAGAGACUGUUCGGCAGAGAUUGUUCGGCAGAGACUGUUCGGCAGAGACUGUUCGGCAGAGACUGUUCGGCAGAGACUGUUCGGCAGAGACUGUUCGGCAGAGACUGUUCGGCAGAGACUGUUCGGCAGAGACUGCUCGGCAGAGACUGCUCGGCAGAGACUGCUCGGCAGAGACUGCUCGGCAGAGACUGCUCGGCAGAGACUGCUCGGCAGAGACUGCUCGGCAGAGACUGCUCGGCAGAGACUGCUCGGCAGAGACUGCUCGGAUGAGGAUCCGCAAGUUUGGUCACAAUAG